AUGUCUUUCGUGAAAAAGGAUCUCUUCACACCAUGCUUAGAUGUUCACUUCUUUCUAAGUCAUAAUGUAACCGCCAUUGUCUAUCGUAAGUUAACCGAAUUUGAAAUUAUGGUCUCAAUUGUAUGGAGUAUACUUUUCGUUUGUAUUCUCCUAUCCAAUCUAUUGGUACUGGGCGUUAUUUGCUUUAAGCGAUCACUUCGGAAUCAUAGUAGUUUAUUGGUCGGUAGCUUGUGCUUAGCCAACAUAACUUACGAUUUUAUGUUUGUGUUGCCUGUUAAAGUACUCAAUAUACGCAAUUCGAUCCACUCUUUCGUUAAUAUUUAUUGUCAGUUAUCACCAACAGUGAUACAAUUUGCCUUCGUAUGCUGUAUGAAUUUUCACAUUUGCUCCAUUAGCUUGGAGAAAUUUAUUGCCAUAACAUCGCCAUUUUGGUAUAACCAAAUUAGUAUUUAUAAAUCAGCUAUGUUUGUAGUUAUCCUUCUUGUGUGUUGGAUUUUACCUACUUUUGUCGCAUUCUUGCCGUUAAUAAUUGGAUGGUGGAAAAUUUGCCCCAACUUUUGCUUGCUAUCCGAAGCAAAGGAAAAUCGUUAUCAAAGUUUACAAGCAUGGCACAUCUUCUGGUCAUUUUUGAUGUUUUUAUUGCCCACAAUAGUUAUGAUGGUAUUCUAUGUUCGAGUCUAUUUAGUAGCUCGUGAUCACGCAAGAAGAAUCCACUGUACUAGUGUAGGUAUUCAACCAGCUGUAACUUUAAAAGCAACCAAAGCUGUAGCAAUUAUUGUUGGAGUCUAUGUCAUUCUGCAAACACCGUACAACAUACUACAAGUUAUCACUGUUGUUGAUUACCGUGUUAUACCCGGAGAAACUCGCUAUUUGCUUCGUGAAUGGCUAGCUUAUGCUGCUUCUUGGAAUUCUGUUGCUAGCCCUAUUAUUUACGGUUUCUACAAUAAGAAUUUGCGCAGUAAUAUUAUAGCCCUUGUAUGUCGUUAUAAAUCCGCGCGCUUUAGAAAUGUUAGUCGUACAUCAUUACUAUCUAAAUAG